GCCUCACCAGCUAAAGACUCGCGCAUCACGUCUGCAAUCGCAACACUGGUUGUUUUGGUUUUUCGGCCUCGAUUACUUACCGAUGAGGGACUUUCGGCCCGACUGACACAGGGAGAUGGGGGUACUUAAUAUCGUAGACCAGUCGCCUCUGGUCCAGGCCAUAUUUAACCGGAAUUUAGAUGAAGUGAAGUUGUUUUUGCACAAGAAAGAUGAAGUCAAUGCACUGGACCAAGAGCGUCGCACACCUCUUCAUGCUGCUGCCUGGCUGGGAGACGUUCAAAUAAUGGAGCUUCUCAUAACUGCAGGCGCAAAUGUCAAUGCAAAGGACCACGUGUGGCUAACACCAUUACACAGAGCAUCUGCUUCCAGAAAUGAGAGGGCUGUGGGCCUGCUGCUUAGAAAGGGAGCAGACGUGACUGUACGGGACAAGUUCUGGCAGACACCGCUGCACAUUGCGGCGGCCAACCGAGCCACACGUUGCGUCGAGGCCCUGCUGCCCCACGUGACCAGCCUGAACAUGGCGGACCGGACAGGCAGAGCGCCCCUGCAUCACGCUGCUCUGAGUGGAUACCAGGAGAUGGUUAAAUUGCUGCUGAACAAGGGAGCCAAUCUGAGUGCCAGUGACAAAAAGGACAGGCAGCCUAUUCACUGGGCUGCGUACCUCGGACAUCUGGAGGUGGUUAAGCUGCUGGUGUCUCAGGGCUCAGAUAAGACCUGUAGGGAUAAGCGGGGAUACACCCCUCUUCACGCUGCUGCUGCCAGUGGCCAUGUUGACGUGGUCAAGUACCUGUUACGUAAUGGAGCUGAGAUUGAUGAGCCUAAUGCCUUCGGAAACACUGCUCUCCAUGUGGCCUGCUACACUGGACAGGAGUCCGUAGCCAACGAGCUGGUCAAUCGCGGGGCCAACGUUAACCAGCCCAACCACCGUGGCUACACACCCCUGCACCUGGCUGCGGUGUCCACUAACGGAGCGCUCUGCCUGGAGCUGCUGGUUAAUAAUGGGGCUGAUGUCAACAUGCAGAGUAAAGAAGGGAAAAGUCCUUUGCACAUGGCGGCCAUUCAUGGACGUUUCACUCGCUCUCAAAUUCUCAUUCAGAACGGUGGGGAGAUAGAUUGUGUGGACAGAUAUGGCAAUACUCCUCUUCAUGUUGCUGCUAAGUAUGGCCAUGAGCUGCUUAUCAGUACUUUAAUGACAAACGGGGCUGACACAGCCAGGCAAGGGAUUCAUGGAAUGUUCCCUCUACACUUAGCUGUCCUUUACGGGUCCUCUGACUGUUGUCGUAAGCUACUUUCCUCAGGUCAGCUGUACAGCAUUGUGUUGUCGAUGAGUAAAGAGCACGUGCUCUCAGCCGGGUUUGACAUUAACACCCCAGACAACUUUGGGAGGACCUGUCUUCACGCUGCUGCCUCUGGAGGAAACAUUGAAUGUCUUAAUCUGCUCUUGAGCAGUGGAGCGGACAUGAGUAAAAAGGACAAGUUUGGGAGGACGCCUUUGCACUAUGCGGCUGCUAAUGAGAGGUAUCAGUGUGUGGUCGUGCUGGUGGGAGCGGGGUCAGAGGUCAACGAGCGGGACCGUUCUGGCUGUACACCUCUACACUACGCUGCAGCAUCCACUGCGUUCUGCAGAACGGACCGAGCCCAUGCCAGCACCCAUCAGAACCAAGAGGACAGGGGCAAAGAGUCUUUCUUGUGUGUGGAGCAUUUGUUGGAUAACGGUGCCGAUCCGUCUCUGUGCAACACUAAGGGAUACAGUGCCGUGCAUUACGCAGCAGCCCACGGCAACAAACAGAACCUAGAGCUGCUUUUGGAAAUGUGCUUCAACACUCUGGAAGAGAAAGAGAGCAAUGAGCUUGUUAGCCCACUACACUUGGCGGUGGAUUCGGGUCACUGGGAAUGCCUGACCGUGUUAAUAGAGUCUGGAGCAUGCGUGGAUGCGUGUGACCCGGCGGGCCGCUCUGUGCUGUAUUUAGCCUCCCAAAGAGGACAUGGCCGAUGCGUGGAACUCCUGCUCAGCCAAUCAGCAUCCUGCCAUUUUGCAGAGAACUGCAGCAAAUGGGGCCCGCUUCACGUGGCAGCUACCAACGGCCAUUCAGAAUGUCUGCGAAUGCUGCUCUGUAGUGAAGGUGGAGCCGAUCUUGUCAAUGUCACCGAUAUGGAGGGACAAACGCCACUGAUGCUGGCGGUGUUGGGGGGGCACACUGACUGCGUGCAUCUGCUGUUGGAACGGGGGGCAUGCCCUGAUGUGAAAGACAGGAGAGGAAGAACAGCCUUACACAGAGGGGCGGUGAUGGGUCGGGAGGACUGUGUAACCGCCCUGCUCUCCCAUAGCGCCUCGGUCCUCAGCAGAGAUGUUCAGGGGCGAACCCCGGUCCAUCUUGCUGCUUCUUGCGGCCACGCGGAUAUUCUCUCCAAUCUUCUUUCUGCUGCUGACCACUCCCAUCCCCAGGACCCAAUCACAGACCGCCACGGCUACACACCCACACACUGGGCGGCCUAUCACGGUCACGAAGACUGUUUGGAAGUUUUACUUGAACUUAAACCAUGUAGUAUCCAGGAGGGAAACCCCUUCACCCCACUGCACUGUGCUCUAAUUAAUGGCCAUGGUGGUUCUGCAGAGCUACUGUUGGAAUCCAGUGUUUGUAAUUCGCUGGUAAACAUCAGGGAUGCCAAAGGAAGGACCCCACUUCACGCGGCUGCAGUCGCUGAGGACGUGGCUGGGCUGCAGCUGGUUCUGCGGCACGGAGCUGACAUCAACGCCGUGGACCACUCAGGACGUUCUGCACUGAUGGUGGCCGCCGACAAUGGACAAAGCGGUGGCGUGGCCCUGCUGCUGCACAGAGCCAAAGCUGAUCUGUCCCUCCUGGAUGCUAACAAGAACACUGCCCUUCAUCUAGCCUGCAGCAAGGCUCAUGAAAUGUGUGCCAUGCUGAUCUUGAAGGAGAUCCACAACCCCAUCCUCAUAAACGCGACAAACAGUAUGCUUCAGAUGCCCCUCCACAUUGCUGCCAGGAAUGGUUUGGCCACCGUGGUUCAGGCAUUACUGAAUCGUGGAGCUACAGUGCUGGCAGUGGAUGAGGAAGGUCAUACUCCAGCCCUGGCUUGUGCAUCCAACAAAGCUGUCGCCGACUGCCUCUCUCUCAUUCUCUCGACCAUGAAGCCUUCCUCCUCCACGCCCCCCUCAUCCUCUCCCUCGUCGCCCAGCCUCAACCUGCUCAAGCACUGUGGCAUCACCGCCGCCUGUCCCCCCCUGCCCAACGGAGGACUUCUCCAUGGUUACGGCAAAGAUCGCCAUGGUGCUACCAUAGGCUUGGAUGGCUGCUUGACUGAGUGAGGCGUCCUUACUCGCUAAAACAACCCUCGACCGUGCGGUCACUCCUGUCCUCUCUACACACUUAGAUAAACCUAUAUGCAAUUACAGCCACACAUCUCUCCUGUGCCAGUAUCGAAGCGUUCCUUUACGUCUCGCUAGAGAGCAAACACGAGAGGACGGAUUUAGCUAUUUAUUUAUAGAUUUAUUCCCCCCGCCCCGUCCCAGACUCCCAUUUUUAACGCUGUCCAUUCAGUGUGAUUCUAAUAAGUGGAAAAGCUGAAUCUAAGCCAUCUGAUCGAACCAGUAUCCACCACUGAUGAAUCGGUCCUUUUUUCUUCGUUCCGGAUGAUUUGACUCGAUUAAUGUUAGAAUUAUGCAGGUCCGUGGUAACGGUGGUAAUGGAACGGUUUCCAUAUCAUGCCUCCUAUUUGCGUGACGCUGUGGCCUUCCGUAGGAAUUUACAGCCUGCCCUGAGGAACAAUUUAAACGGGUUACACUCGAUUUGCAUGAAUUUGCGGGACCAUGUAUUUGAUAGUGGUCUUGUGUGUGUGUGUGUGUGUGUGUGUGUGUGUGUUUGCGCGACAUCCACUUCUGUGCAAGAGUUUUUCAUCCCAUACUUGAUUCUCACAUUUUGAGGUUUUUAUGUGAGGCGCAAUCUGAUUUAGCACAGAUCAGGAUCAACAAAGCAACCGAACAGAAUCCUUUCUGACAUAAGGGAAAACCAUACUACCUUAAGCCAAAAGACCAGUGACCUCCCACUAGAGGGGUCAGAUAUAUAAUGCAUGUUUACUGUCAGAGGAAAGGGAGGGUGUUGGGAAUGUGUCCUAUUAGGUUUACAAUGAAGGCGUCUGCUAGUCCACAUCACUGUUUGUCGUUUGGCAGAAGAAAGUAAAGUUAUAAAUGUUAUGCUGCCAGGCACUGAAAUUAUGAAGAUGUUACACUAUUGAAAUAUAGAAAGCACAAAUUAUGUCAUUUAUCGAUACAGAUUGUUGAGACUACAGUUGUCAUACACAGCUCUUUGGACCUCCAUUUUUAUUUAUUUUUGUUGUUUUUUGGGGGGGGUUCACUUUUGGGUUGGCAGGGGCUCAUAAUAUAUCUUAAAUUAAAUUUACUACUUUGCUUUUUUGAUGAAUAUACUGCUUUUUUUUUGAUGGUGUAGUUUUUAGUGUGGACCUGCUUUUACAGUGCCUACGAAAUUAAUAUUUGGUCUGCUUAAGGCCCGGUCAGAGUUAAACGGACCAUAUUUGCUCCCUGCAAGUAUUUCUCUCGAAGAUUGACUAUAUAUAUAUAUAUAUAUAUAUAUAUAUAUAUAUAUCUCCAAUCACAAUUGUUAUUUCUGACUUGAGGGAGAUGAAAUAUGAAUUCAAAAAACAUUUAAGUUUAGACUCAUCGGGCCUUUCUAAAAUCACGGUGAUGGGAGCAGUCAUGGGUAUGACCAAAGUCGAUCGAAAUGCCAUUUUAUUAGGAACGAAAUCCAAAAUCGAAGACCCGACGCAAGUCGUUCACCCAUGCGCCCUCUUUAUGAAAUGCUUCCUUCUUGCCAAAGGUAGAUUAAAGUUAAGAUUGUGCUUCCAUUAGGUUGUUUCACCUAAAGCGCGAAAUAAGACCAUGUGAAUGAGUGUUGGAAACAUCCCUUUGUUUGUGCACCACAAACAGGCAAUAUAAGCUCAGUCACUAUUGAGACAAUCAGUUGAAAGGGCUUUUAAUUUUACCAUAGAUUUUCUUUUCGAGCGAAAGCAUCAACGAAAUUUCCCAGAUUAUAAAGAGCUACAAAGAAUCUUUCCUCCAUCCUAACCGAUUCAAGACGUCAAACGUGGACUUGUUCUCAAUACUGUUAAUUUCGUUACAGUAUAGCGGGAUCUGAAUGAUGUGGGUAGAGUAGCUUUGAAGUAUUGUAACUGAUAAUUGUAUGAAGAUGCGUAAGACAAACAGGCCGUGGUAAGAUGUUUUGAAGGCCAUGUGGAGAGUGCAUUUAUACCGAUUUCUCAUAAAGAAAUACUGAAAUGACCUCUUUUUUUGACUGCUUACACAAGACUCUAAUCCACGCAGGCCUGAUAUAAAGCACUUGGUUAUUCAAUAAUAUAAAAUAAAGAAAAAAUAUUGUGCAUAUUUAAACCUGUUCACAAGCUGCAAAUUUCUGACCUCUACUUGCAAGAGUGCAAUUGUGCAUGCGUGAAAAUCUGAUUAGAUUAGUUAUGUCGCAGUGUUUUGAGUUGUUAGUUAGUCAUGUCUGAAGGGGAAGAUCCCUCGUGGAGGAAAGUUUUGAUUCUCCUGUUGUUAUUUGCGCUUUGGUGGAGGGUUCUGGUGUGUGUGUAGAUGGCACAGGGUACGAUGAGGUGCAAGUCGAUGAUGAGCUUGUUAUUUGCACUGCCAGUAAGCACUGCUUAUAGUUGUACAAAAAAACUGAAUAUUUAUAUGUUUAGUUAGCUUGUCAUACCGCAUUUAGUAGGAAUAAGUGCCCGUGGAGCCUGCGAAGAGUUUUCAACCCGUUUCUUUUCGUGCAAGAUAAAGUACUGCUUUGAUUGUAUCUCGGAGCUAAUUUUUCUCUAUUUAUUCACGAUAGUAAUUCAUAUCCAGCCAAAACCAAUUAAUGUGUGCUUGUUUUUAACUGAUCAUUUGUAUCGUCUUAUUGGCAUUGCACUAGAGUAGUUGAAAUGUCUCGUCGAAUGUUUGCCGUGACAGUAGCAGCUCGCUUCGGUGUUGGUGCUGAUGUUGUGUGCGUUAGUUAGCGAAUGAAUAAUAACAACACAAACUUUCUAUCUAAUCGAACCCUUUUGGAACCUUUAAAAGACCGAGUUGGUGCAUUUGCUGUUUUCUGAACAAUAAGGGAACUAGUCACAAUGUUUAGUGCCAUAACCUUUUUCCUUUUUCUCAUUUUGAUACACUUGUAAAAAUGUGAAUGAAUGAUUCGGUUCUUGUGUGUGCGUCCAAGACCAUUACCAAAAUUAGAACAAGUCCAAACAAACAUAAGCUACUGUGCCCAUUAUAGAUAUUUUUGGAGAUGUCAAAUAUUGUAAAAUGCCAGUAAGUUCACAAUCAGAUUUAAAAAUGCCUGUUUAUUUGUGAGGACGCUGUAGGGAUGGAGCUGCCCUCCGCCCAUCGAUGUUGCAGCGAAGCCGGUUUUGAGUCAUUCAGUCAAAAUAAUAUUUUGACCAUUGUACCAUGUGGUCUGCGGUACAGUUCAUUGCAAAUUUGGUGGAUAGAAGUUUCUUUAUACGCAUUUAAAAAGCCUUAAUUCUUUAUUACCUGAAGGGCAGAUUUGAAAUUUACCAAAAUAAAACAUUUACUUCGUUUUUCUUAUUUCGUUCAGGAUUAACAAUUUUAAUUUUAUUACACAUCAUGCUCUCAAGGGCCAGCUUUCAUUGCCUGGUAUGACCAAUGUAUGAUGAUUGCAGUAAUUUCCAGGUGGUUCGAGCUGUAGUGAAACUGGAGUUAUCUGAAAAUUGUAACCAUUUUUGUUGGAAAGCAGAUAAACUGUAGCGCAGAUGAAUUAAUCUCAGUGUCCUUAUCGUACGCUCAUCCUUGCAUUUUGUAUUUAUCAAAUUGAUUUCUCACAAAGGUAUUAAUGGCUGAUAGAAUGUCUAUUUACCUCAGAGGACCAGCGUGUCCCUACUACUUGAAUCCGCAUCCACUUUAAGGCAAUACUCAAAACACCUGUUUCAUUAACCUACGUCUAGCUCCCGACUUUUUGCCUUAAGAGGAAACUGUAUCGUUCAGCAGACGCAGCACUUGAGAGAUUUUGUUAUCCUGGAAUCUCAUGUGGUGAGAUUCACAAGAAGCACAGUUAUAUACGUUGACUUGCUGAAACGUGUACCGUAAUGGCUUCUGGCCUCAAUAAGCAUUUUGGUGGGCUUUAUUUUUUUGCACUAGAAAUAUUAAAUUGAUUAUAGCGAAAAUCUGCAUAAAAUGUAAAGUGGUUGUUACAAAAUGAACACCGUAAAUGAUUCGACACAGAACAUUAAUGUUGCCCGUUGAAAAUUUAUUUUAUAUAUUCCAAUGUAAAUUUUCUCUCAGUUUUAUUUUAUUGUCUUAAAUGCAGCAUUAAGGUAGUUACAAGAAAAAAAUCUGCGGUCUUAUAAAUGCAAAUCUUUCUAACAAGGUAAGAGCACAAUAGUGAAUGUGCUAUACGUUAUUCCGCAAGACGUUUGGUCUGCAUUGUCUCGACGUGGCAAUCUUACCUCAUAAACUAGCUGUCCUUACUAUCUGUCGCGCUAUAUACACUGGUACGCGAGUUUCGAGUAGGUGAUAUUAGCUACGCAUGCUCCGUGCAACUGGAAUCCUAAGGUCGCGUUCCUGAGGCCUUACGAUGUGGAGAAUUUUUUUCAAGAGGUGCUCUUGAAUUCGCAUAGAUGAUGUCCCGGCUUACUCUGCUGAUCCGUUGAGUUUUUGUACUCGCUAAGCACUAACUGUUCGAAUCAUAAAUCUACUAGCGAAUGAUGUAAUCGGCUGCUUUUCGUUUCAUCGGCAGCUUGUUUUCAUAAGGCUAGUUAGUUAGAAGACCAUUAGAGCCUGACUGAAUGGCUGAUCUCACAGGGCAUGUAGGGUUCCCUUUAAAACACAUCCUUUCAUAUUUGACGAAAGCUAUGCAGGAAUAUUUUCGUUUCAAUCUCGCUAAUUUGCAUAGUGCCACCGGAGAUAGCCCAAGUGCUUCAUUUUCUGUUCAUCUGUAUAUCCGACACCUUGCUUGUUGGCUUCGGUUGAGAACACGACUGCUUUGCGUGGCAUGCUGCUAUUUUCUUUUUCUUCAUCUCUUUAAAGUACUACACUUUGUGACGAGUAUGUGGGAUUGUGCCUUUUGUUAUCAAGUACAUGCCACAGGGUAUGGUCUUCCAUUCAACACCUUUAGUGAGCCUUAUGAUUGAACAACUGUUGUACAUUUCAAAACCAGCCGCCAUCCGCGUAGUUGCGUUUCGAGCGGCCAAACAAGAGAUCGAAUUCGGCAGCACCGCAGAUAAACAUUUGUAAAUUGAAUUAAGUAAUAACGACAAAAAAAAUGUUGUCGAUUCUAGCUAGUGACCUGUUUGAAGUUUAUGGAAAAAAAACAUAUUUAGUUUUACAAGUGUGAAUUCUUUAGUGAAGUAGACGUGUGCCGUGUCGUUUUUGUGUGGUUAUGCAUUGGAGAUUAGUCGUAAUCCAGUGUCGCGUAGAAUGUUGGCAUGACUCCUUUUUGUCUAUGUUGUAUCGACGUCAAACGUAUCCACCUGAAAUGGACUGAAGUGCAAUAACUUUUCUGUGCGCCAUAGUAUCCUUAAAGGAGGAAAAUACCCUUUUGCGUUAUCCAUCUUUUUUUAAGCAGGGUGUUAGUUAUUUAUUUUUCGGAUUGUACAAAUUUCAACUCCUUCCUGCUUUGCCUACAGAAGUGGCACUUUCUUGUAGAAUGUACAAAGGACUUUGUGUAAACUGUGAUGGGUGUCAAGCCUUAUUGAUACUUGCGUUCAAGAAAAAUGGCGUAGGUGUUGGUUGAUGGGCUGAGGGUUCAGACAGUGGCGUUUUCCAGCCCCGCUCAAAGUCAGUGUCUGCUUUUGUGGCAAGUUUAGUGUAUUUUUUUUGAGUGUGUGUUUGUGUGUGUGUGUGUGUGUGGGGGGGGGGCGUUUAAAUCUGUCCAUUUACCUCUGACUGCUUAAAUUGAUACCAAAACGAAAAGUGUAUCGCCUAGAAAUACAAAUCGUUUUUAAUAGAGAUUUUUUAUCUUCAUUGUCACCAGUGACUUAUUCAGGGUUUAAUUUCCCCCCCACACAUUAAUUUAACUUUGGGCCAUAUGUUAUGCGGUACCAAAGAGCGUUUCGUUGUUGAUCUUUAGAUUGGGAUGUUUUUUUCUUGCUUUGCAGAUGUCUGAAUUACAUAAAGUCCCCAACAUUGUCAUGUAAUAUAUUUUAAAAGUAAUUUAAAAAAUUUUUUGGAACUCAUCAAACAUUCCUUCUGAAUGUCAUUGUAGAAAACAGAAAUACCGUUUAAAAGUUGUUGGUUUCUCCAUGACCGGGCGUCUUUUAGUGUUCUUCAGUAGUGUAGUCCGGAAUAAUUUACAACGUCCUUCAUUUUGGCCUCAAGCAAUCAAUGACUUCAUAUUCAAACCUUAAAAACAGGGAGCACACUGAGGGAAGAAUUAAAUAAUCUAGUAUUUCACAACAUAGGACCAAUGUUCGUCUCUGUAGAUAUGGCCACUUGAUUUCAUUCUAGAACAAGCAAUACGAGUAUCGAGAGACAAUUGUAUGUUUCUUAAGAUUGGUUGGCUCUGGCUCAUUUUGGCCUGGCUAUUUAAUCUGUGGCACCUUAGGUUAACACCCUCUUCUUAUUACUGAAUCCUAACAGAUUUCAGUGCUGAGAGAGCCUUAUUUCAGUCAAACUGAAUGUGAAUUGGAUGUGUGCAGGAUUCGGCCAUUUUUGAAUGGACUGGCUUUAAUCAAAUGGACCUUCUACGUCCGUGUUUGAAUCCAGUUUAGGACCCACCGUCCAUAAGACUUUCUAAGCGUUGCUGUUACACGAGAAAAGCAAAAAACUCAACACUGUGGCAACGUUUCCACUGUUUAAACCAAGCGGCUUCGAUAAAAACAGGGUUGGUAUCGCUGCUUCCUAGAUCCACUCGACAUGCCAAGUAUUCGAUGCGCGUUACGCCGCCAGUUGCCAUUUUCAUGAAAUGAUCACUGGCUUUAAACACCAUGAGGUGUAGUCUUUACAAACGAAAAGCCACAAAUCAAUGCACUAUUUAAUCGAACCUCGCUUGAAAAUGUGAAGACAUCUAAUUCAGAGUUUCAUCAGUGGAAACGUAGCGACAGGUUGUGUAGUGCAGCACCCAGUGUCCGAAUACGAGUGUCUGUGUGCGAGUGCAAAAUUGAACAGGGGUCAUAUGGAGUCCUGUAUACCUCAUCGACAUAUCUGCAAAUAUACUUAUCCUGUCUUUAAGUUGAACGUGUAGGAGAGACCGUCACCAGCAAAUGCUUGGGACCAUUGCAGGGUCUUCAUCAUCCAGAUCGCGACUCGCUUGCAUAAACACCUUAACGCUCUGCUUCAAGCCUGAAUCGUACCGCGGUGUUACCAAGACAGUGGUCUAGUCAGAAACGCAAGGCAUUUUAAGUAGCAUUAUUCCUACCUCUGUAUUACAGCUUAAUGCAUCAAAAUCUCCACCUGUUGCGUUUGCAAAACGGAAAAAAAAUGUAUGUAUAUGGAACAAAUAUAUAACUUAUAACCAACAAUCGGUGAUACAAGACGAACAGUGUUUGACUGUGUCUAUCUGUGUGUGUAACAUGGUAUUUAUAAGUGUAACACAACAGAGUACCACUGGAAUGUGAAGCCAGACUGUGUUAUUUUUCUCUUGACCUUUUUCCCCAUAUUUCAAAUGAUGUCAUAAGUGUCUUGCCGCUAUCGCUCUUGAAAUUGAUCUGUUUUUUAUUUUCAAACAAAACAGGGAAAAAUAACAGCCUAUACUAACUGGCAUUUGCAUUUGUACCCAUUUUUCCCCCUUUUUGUUUUCUGUUUAUUUCACUUCUAAAUGUUCACUGUGAGCGCUCUGAACUCAAGUUUACAGCUCUUCAUGGUAUGUACGUGUAUCUGGUUGAGUUCAGUAGAGUGCAUGGGUGGUUGUGUGACUUUGGUACUGAAGCAACAACUAAAUUUUCUACUGGUGUCGGGGGCUCGAAAGGGGGUCGGUUGUUUUGAGUUAUGCACAUUCAUUCUGUACUUAAACAGGGGUAUGUAGAGUUCCCUAGCCUUACGCCCUUCAAAACACUAAACCGGGUCACUAACCCGUGUUCGAUAUCAGCCUCCCUGCCAUUUUUGUAUUUCUGUACGUAUCCAUUUGGAACAGACCCGAAGAAGGAGAACCCUCACCCUUUCAACCCCACAAAAGACCUCAAGCCAUUCAUUUCCUUGUGUGACAAUGCAAUCCAGACAGCACUUUGCCUUGUUAAUUCAUAGUAUGAGCUUGUGAAUGGUUACUUACCGAUGUGAAACUCUGUAUGUGUAUCUAAGUAAGAAAGAACAUAAUCAUUUUUAAUUUCACCCUAUUAAAAAUGAAUUGGUCUCUCUGACUUUAAAGACAAAAAAAAUCCCAUGUUUUUUGUUAAGUCAGGUUUAUGAACUGCUGCAGCCAGUAGGUCUCGUCAUUCAGUAUCGUGGCUUAGAAUUGGUAAUGUUUAAAUAAAAUGCUAUUGCUACAUACAAAGUU